UUAUACUCCACUAGAUAGCAAAUAAACAUUCUUACUAAAUAAUGCACCUGAUAUUAUUUAACAAGUACGGAAAAGAAAAAAAAAAAAAAAAAACCAUUUUCUCCCUUUCCUACAACUGUUGUAAUACCCAUGCGUGAGUUGAAAAUAGUAAAAAGUAGAGCUGCCAGUUUCCCAUGGCACCACUGCCUCUCACUCUCAUCUCCAUUUUCUCCUCAAAAUCCAGAAAUCUUUGAGACUCUUUUCUUCUUACAUUUUGAAGGAUCAAAGAGAUUUUAAAAAAAUGUCGGCGUGGGAUCACUUCGGCGAGGCCGCGAACAUCAUACAGCUGACGGGGCUGAACGGGGUGGCGUUGGUGGGGCUGAUAGUGAAGGCGGCGAACAGGGCGCGAAUGCACAAGAAGAAUUGCAAGGAAUUCGCGCAGCACGUGAAGCUGAUUGGAAAUCUGCUGGAGCAGCUCAAGAUUUCGGAGCUGAAGAGGUACCCGGAGACGCGUGAGCCAUUGGAGCAGCUGGAGGAUGCACUGCGGCGGGCUUAUCUGCUGGUGAAUAGCUGUCAGGAGCGGAGCUACCUGUAUUUGAUGGCGAUGGGCUGGAACAUCGUCUACCAAUUUAGGAGGGCUCAGGAAGAAAUUGAUCGCUACUUGAGGAUUAUCCCCCUCAUUGCUCUCCUUGAUAAUACCAGGGUCAAGGAGAGGAUUGAAGAAAUCCAGAAGGAUCAGCGUGAGUACACGUUAGACGAAGAUGACAGAAAAGUGCAAGUUGCGAUUUCUGAAAAUGACAUGAUAGUCUUGAAGAAGAGUAUUUCUUGUUCUUAUCCCAAUCUGCCUUUCGACAAGGCACUACAGAAAGAACAUGAGAAGCUUGAAGCAGAGCUUCAUCACUCACAAUCUAGUAUGGAUGUGAGUCACUGUCAUGUAAUCGAGCGUCUGCUAGAGGUUACUGAAAGUGCAGCUGGUUCUGUGGCAGAGAAAAACUCUUCACAUAAAGUUUCCGAGAUGUCAGUUACAGACAAGGACCAUUUUGACAGUGAAGAAGAUUCCAGAAAAUUUGAUACUUCUAGAAGCUCAAGAGAAGCUACAGUAUCCUCAGGGGAUAACAUGAUUUCAACCAAGGCACCGAUUUGGCAAGACGAAUGGCAUGCAGAUCUACUCGGCUGCUGUUCAGAACCUUCCUUGUGUCUCAAGACCUUUUUUUGUCCUUGCGAUACAAUUUCAAAGAUAGCAUCAGUGGCAACUAGUGAGGAUAUAUCUUCAGCAGAUGCUUGUAAUGAGAUAAUGGCCUAUUCCCUGAUACUGUCAUGCUGUUGCUACACAUGUUGUUUAAGAAGAAAGCUCCGACGGACUCUGAACAUCAGGGGUGGUUGGUUUGAUGAUUGCUUGUCACAUUUUAUGUGUUGUUGCUGUGCGCUCGUCCAAGAAUGGAGAGAAGUAGAGAUACGCGGCACAAAGAAGACGAGGACGAGCCCUCCGCCCUCUCAACAGAUGGAGGACUACUGAAUGAUUCUGGUUGAUCAGUGUGGUUCAAAACUUGAUAUUGCCUUUCAUCUCAAGAUCUGAUCAGUGUUUAUGUGAUUCUGCAGAUUAAUUUGAACUUGUUCAGGCAGUUUUAGGCUACUAAUAUAACGUGCUGAAAAAAGCAGAAAGCUUUCUCGUAAGAAGAAUAUAUGUACAGUGGAAUGGACACUUUCGUUUAUAGUUAAGUAGUUGUCAUGCAAUUCAAUUUCAACUAAGUUGAUAGAGAAACUGUGAAACUGUGAGUUUUAUGAUAAUCUAGAUUUUCUGAUCA